CUCCUGACGAAAGACCGUUGUUUAUGAUUUAGUCAGUGGAGAUUUCCACUCAGUAACUUAUAUUUAAAACAAUAUAGUUAAAAUAAUAAUUUAAUGCAACUGCGCAAUUUUACAAUCCACCAAAACCAGGUCUUGCUUGUCUGAGACAGUAAACUGAGACAUGUGGAGUUGUGGCGAUAUGACGGGCAUCUGGCAACCCAGUGAAGGCGACCCGCUUUGAUGUGAUACAGUUGUGGUGACCGCAGCCUCCAUUCGUUCAGAGUGUCGCAUUUAAAGCGGUGAAUGGAACAGCUUAAGCGAAUGGCACGGCUGUGUGUUGGUACUCGACUACAAAGAUUUCUUAUGUAACCACUCAUCGUCUGUCCUGACGGAUCUACUGCACAAGGCCUGAUGGAUUCAGGUACUCCACGAGAGCUGCGUACAGCAGAUCCCAGCCUCCACUCGCUCCGUCGCGGCCAGUCCUGAGUUUCGGGCUUUCACCUCAACCUCACCAUUUCUUUUUCUAUUUUUUCCCCGUCUCACUUCACCCCUGGCUCCUCGACCAGCCCUCCAGCUCACCCCCAAGAUGAUUGGCAAGCUGAAACAGAAUUUACUGGUGGCCUGCCUGGUCAUCAGCUCCGUCACGGUCUUCUACCUGGGUCGGCACGCCAUGGAGUGCCACCACCGGAUAGAGGAGCGCAGCCCGCUGCUGGUGAGCAGCCUGCGCACCACCCUCCGCACGGGCCAGAACCUCAGCACCCCCUUCAUCUACAAUAAAGACAUGCCUCUUAUAUUUAUCGGUGGCGUCCCUCGCAGCGGCACCACUCUUAUGCGGGCCAUGAUGGACGCUCACCCCGAAGUGCGCUGUGGAGAAGAGACCCGUGUCAUCCCACGCAUUCUGGCCAUGAAGCAGAUGUGGAGCCGCUCCAACCGGGAGAAAAUGCGACUAGAUGAAGCUGGAGUAACAGACGAGGUCUUGGACUCAGCCAUGCAAGCUUUCCUAUUGGAGAUCAUCGUAAAACAUGGCGAACCGGCCAACUUCCUGUGUAAUAAAGACCCGUUUGCUCUUAAAUCACUCGCUUAUCUGGCUAAGAUCUUUCCCCAUGCUAAGUUCAUCCUCAUGAUCCGUGACGGCAGGGCGUCCGUCCACUCAAUGAUCUCCCGUAAAGUCACAAUCGCUGGGUUUGACUUGAGCAGCUACCGGGACUGCCUGACAAAGUGGAACCGGGCCAUAGAGACAAUGUACUCUCAGUGCCUGGAGGCAGCGGACAAGUGCCUGCCCAUGCACUACGAACAGCUCGUCCUGCAUCCAGAAAAGUGGAUGAGAACGCUUUUGAAAUUCCUGAACAUUCCUUGGAAUGAUGCAGUUCUACACCACGAGGAGCUGAUUGGGAAAGCAGGAGGCGUUUCGCUCUCCAAGGUAGAGAGAUCUACAGAUCAGGUGAUCAAGCCUGUCAACGUGGAGGCCUUAUCCAAAUGGGUGGGUAAGAUCCCCCCAGAUGUGCUGCGGGACAUGCCUGUCAUCGCCCCCAUGCUGGCCAAGCUGGGCUAUGAUCCCCACGCCAACCCUCCCAACUACGGCCGGCCCGACCCCCUUGUCCUGGAUAACACUAGAAGGGUCUUUAAGGGUGAAUUUCAGCUACCCGAUUAUCUUAAAGAAAAAACACAGCUUCAGAAGUCCCCGGAAAAGCCAAACCCGAGUUAGGAGGAGAAGACGAGAGCUUUAUCAAUUGAAGACUGAGGAAAAAAGCAGAUACCAUGGGACCAUGAUGGAAUUGCGUCACCCCCGCUGUGCUGGGACCUCCAUGCACUUACACAGACACACACACACACAGAGAGAGACAGGCCUCUGGACCCCGGACCGCUCUUUGGAGGACAGUUUUGGCCUUUGAUGUUGUACUGUAACAAUUGUGGCCUAAGAAUGUCAGUUCUGUUCUGAAUUUUGUGUUUUCUUCUUUUCUUUUUACAUUAUUUUUUUCCACACUGUACUCUAGUUCUCAUUCAUUUUCCUGGCUACACAAACCUGUGAUUCUGUUAUAAGAAAAUACAGUGGAUUUAAUUAGCAGCGAGGAAAUAUUUAUGGAGGAGCGUUAGCUUUAGGAGACGCAAUCUUAAUGUUGUUUUUUAUUUUUUAUUUCCAUGCCUUUGUAACGUGCAAUUCCUUUGAUACUGGAUGAUGUGCAAGACUUCAGUCUUGUGUAGAGAUAGACAUGCAUUUUGUUCUCUGCGUUCACAACGGAGUGACCUGAUGUACAUCGAGAGCUGUAAUAAAUGAGCUGCCAGUGUUGAACAGAAGAGGCUCACUGACAUUUUCUCCAUUGGCAGGGGAGCACACAUCGGUGAUGUUUGAUGUUGUUUUUACGAUUGCUAUUUUUGUACUUGUGUAAAUCAUAAUUAUGUACUCUUUAAUUUCUUUCAAUGAAAUAAACCCCUGAGCGCUGUUGGCAGCCAA